AUGAUUUCAAUUCGUGCUUUAAAGACACAGAGACUUGCUAUCCAAUCGGUGGCCAGGAGAAGCUAUGCUGUCUCGAGCAAGGCACAAGCCUUGUUGUCGAAGCCAGUUCAAGAAAUUGAUCCUGAAAUGGCUGACAUUUUGAACCAAGAAAAGACCAGACAAAAGAAUUCCAUUACUUUGAUUCCAUCUGAAAAUUUUACUUCGAAAGCUGUUAUGGACUUGUUGGGUUCUGAAAUGCAAAACAAGUACUCCGAAGGUUACCCAGGGGAAAGAUAUUAUGGGGGUAAUGAAAUCAUUGACAAGGCCGAGUCCUUAUGUCAAAAGAGAGCCUUGGAAGCGUUCAACUUGAACCCUGAGGAAUGGGGAGUUAAUGUACAGCCAUUAUCCGGUGCACCCGCCAACUUGUAUGCCUAUUCAGCAGUCUUGGAGGUUGGCGACAGAAUUAUGGGUUUGGACUUGCCCCACGGAGGUCAUUUGUCUCAUGGGUACCAAACCAACACUACGAAAAUUUCAUUUGUCUCAAAAUAUUUCCAGACCAUGCCCUACAAACUAAAUGAAAAAACAGGAGUGAUUGAUUACGAUACUUUGGAGAAGAAUGCCGAACUUUUUAGACCAAAAAUCAUUGUUGCUGGUGCAUCUGCAUACUCAAGAGUUAUUGACUACAAAAGAAUGAAACAGAUUGCCGACAAGGUUGGCGCUUACUUGUUGUCGGACAUGGCACACAUCUCGGGUCUCGUCGCUGCUGGUGUCACGGACUCACCUUUCCCAUACUCAGACAUUGUCACCACCACCACCCAUAAAUCCUUGAGAGGUCCAAGAGGAUCCAUGAUCUUUUUCAGGAAAGGGAUCAGGAAAGUAACCAAGAAGGGAAAAGAAAUCCCAUACGAUUUGGAAAGAAAGAUCAACUUUUCCGUUUUCCCAGGUCAUCAAGGUGGUCCACAUAACCACACCAUAUCUGCAUUGGCUGUUGCAUUGAAACAAUGUUCUGAGCCAGAGUAUAAGCAAUACCAACAAGAAGUUGUCGACAAUGCAAAACACUUUGCAGAUGCAUUAGAGUCCAAAGGGUUCCAGUUAGUCUCUGGUGGAACUGAUACUCAUUUAAUUUUGCUCAACUUGAACUCAAAAAACAUUGACGGAGCCAGACUCGAGGCUGUUUUGGAAAGGGCCAACAUUGCAGCCAACAAAAACACUAUUCCGGGUGACAAGAGCGCCCUUUUCCCCUCAGGAUUGAGAGUUGGUACACCAGCCAUGACCACGAGGGGGUUUGGAUUUGAUGAGUUCUCGAGGGUUGCCGACUUUAUUGACCAAGCAGUAGCCAUUGCCGUUGAUUUGAAGAGCAAAGAGCAAGGAAAAGUACCAAAAGAAUUAUUGGCCAGCUUCAAAUCCUUGGCUGAUGAAAGUGCAGAGGUUAAGAAGUUGGGCGAUGAAGUUGCUCAAUGGGCAAGUCAAUUUCCAGUACCAGGAGAUUUGUAG